AUGGUGAAACCUGGCCUGAUAUCCCAGCUGGAAGAGGAGGAAGAGCUGUUUCUCCUGAGCUCUGAUGAAGAGGAGGGACUUGCAGAGAAGAAACCAUAUCAGUGCCUGGAGUGUGGGAAAAGCUUCAGUCAUAAUGGAAGUCUUACUUCCCAUCAAAGGAUUCACACAGGGGAGAAACCUUAUAAGUGCCUGGAGUGUGGGAAAAGCUUCCGUUAUAAUGGGCAUCUUACUUCCCAUCAAAGAAUUCACACAGGGGAGAAACCAUAUCAAUGCCUGGAGUGUGGGAAAAGCUUCAGUGAUAAUGGGUAUCUUUCUUCCCAUCAAAGGAUUCACACAGGGGAGAAACCAUAUAAAUGCCUGGAGUGUGGGAAAAGUUACAGUUAUAAUCGCAGUCUUACUAUCCAUCAAAGGAUUCACACAGGGGAGAAACCUUAUAAGUGCCUGGAGUGUGGGAAAAGUUUCAGUCGUAAUUACAGUCUUACUUCCCAUCAAAGGAUUCACACAGGGGAGAAACCAUUUACAUGCCUGGAGUGUGGGAAAAGUUACAGUUAUAAUCGCAGUCUUACUAUCCAUCAAAGGAUUCACACAGGGGAGAAACCUUAUAAGUGCCUGGAGUGUGGGAAAAGUUUCAGUCGUAAUAACAGCCUUAGUAUCCAUCAAUGGAUUCACACAGGGGAGAAACCAUAUAAAUGUCUGGAGUGUGGGAAAAGCUUCAGUGAAAAUUCAAAACUUUCUUCCCAUCAAAGGAUUCACACAGGGGAGAAACCAUAUAAAUGUCUCGAGUGUGGGAAAAGCUUCAGUGAAAAUUCAAAACUUUCUUCCCAUCAAAGGAUUCACACAGGGGAGAAACCAUAUGAAUGCUUAGAUUGUGGGAAAAGCUUCUCUCAGAGUGGAAAACUUUCUACCCAUCGAAGAAUUCACAGAGGGCAGGAACUAUGUAAAUGUGUGGAGUGUGGGAAAAGCUUCUGUAAUGAUGCAAGACUUUCUUCCCAUCAAAUGAUCCAUACAGGGGAGAAACCAUAUAAAUGUCUGGAGUGUGGGAAAAACUUCAGGCGGAGAGAUAGUCUUACUUCCCAUCAAAGAAUUCACAUGGAGGAGAAACCAUAUAAAUGCCUGGAGUGUGGGAAAAGGAGGAGCCUGGUGGCCCCUUUGUGCAGCGCCGCGUCCGGACCCAGCUGCGCCUUGGGAGGCUGGACGGGGCUGCAGGCUGCCUAG